AUGGCGUCGGGUGCAGCAGCAAUGCGUGACCGUAAGGUAAAACCACAAUGGGAGCGGACUAGGCGUAUUAUGGGUUUGGUGCCUCCUGCAUGCGCCCCUUCUGAUAGUAGCAAUACUUCAGAAGAUGAAGACCAGGUUCCUAAAUUACUAGAACACGUUGAGACGAUUGACUUAUCUGAUUUUAGUUCCGAGCCAAAAUCAAUAGAGUCUUCUUUAGAAAGGUUAAAUAUCCUGGACGAUCUAUCUGAUAAUAGUAACUCCAAUAUCCAACAAAAUCCAGAAUCUCUCAUAUCUCCUUACGAAGAAGAUACAGUCCCAUUGACUCCACUUAUGAAUGAGAUAUUUAGACCGGGGUCAGAGUUACUACAUACCUUACCUACAUUAAAUUCGCCACUUUUAUCUGCACUUCCGGAAAAUACAAGAUCAAAUAAAAGGAAAGCUAUCAAUAGACCGAAAUUAGUAACAAAAAAGACGACAGCUAAUACUCCUACUUUUGAAAUGGACAGUUCUUUAAUUAUCUGGAAAGAAUUGGAUAAAAUCGAAAUUGCAAACGCUAUUGAGUACGACAUUGAAGACCCAAAUUAA